AUGAGGAUCACUGCGCGUCCCAAAGAUAAGAAUCGGCCCCCCUCCCGUGGCAGCGUGUUUGAUGACUGGCAGGGCCAGCACAUCUGCAGCUGGCCCGGGGUGGUGUGUGACGCAGGCGGGCGCGCGGUGCUGGCGCUGGAGCUGGCAGGGCGCGGCCUGCGGGGCCGCCUCUCGCCCGCGCUGGCGGCGCUGCGCACGCUGCGCACGCUGCGCGCAGUGGACCUGAGCCACAACGCGCUGACGGGGCGGCUGCCCGACGCCUGGGCGGCCCCGCCGCGCCUGCAGGCCCUGGACCUGCGUGGAAUCCGCGGCCUCUGGGGCUCCUACAACGACGCGGUGCUGGACACCUAUCGCGCCGCCCUGGCCCCCACGGUCUCCCUCAUCCCCGGCCAGAUCAACUUCACACUGAUCCAGGCCGUCACCUCCAGAGUGACCGUGACGGGCGGUGGGUCGGAGGCCGCCAUCUUGCGUGGGGGGGUCCAGGUCGCCGUAGCGCUGACCAUGGGUCUGCCCGCCGAAGACAUCGACAUCAGUACCAUGGCAUCCGGCACGAGCGCGGCACCCCAAACCCCCCCACCGCGCGGGGCCGGGCGCCGCCUGGUCGGCGCGGCCACAGAGGCCCCUGCAGCGGCCCCCGCGCCCGCCGCCUCUCCACCCACCAGCACGACGCAAACGUUCAGCGUACUCGCGCGCUUCCCGAGCGAGGCGGCCGCCGAGGCCGGCACGGCCAAGCUGGCCGACUUCAGGCUGCUGCAAACCGCCCUGAUGACGACGCUGGCCGGCGCGCCCGGCUUCUCGCCCGCCAAGGUGAGCGUGGCCAGCGCCGCCGCGCCCGCGCCCUCCCCGCUCACGCUGUCCAACGCGACGCUGACGACGGCCGAUGCGGCCGCCGGCGUGUACGCCGCGCUGCAGACCGCGAUCACCGCGGCCAACAUCCGGGCGGGGCUGGUGGCGGCGGGCGCGCCGCAGGGGAUCGUCGUGACCAUGGCCAGCCGCCUGGCCUAUACACCGGCCAGCGUCGCCCCCCCCCUUGCCCCCUCGCCACCCCCGCCGCCCGCCGUGGCCGGCAGCGGCACGCCCGCCUGGGCCUGGGCGGUGCUGGGCGCCGGCCUGGGCGCGCUGCUCCUGGGGGGCCUGCUGGCGCUCUGGCUCCUCCGCCGACGCCGGCGGAGGAGGAGCGCCGCCGCGCUGGCCGCCCAGGAGUCGGCCGCAGGCGACCGGUCCAGCGCCAAGGACCAUCCCCCUUCCGCCAGCGUCAACGGGGGGCUCACGCCCAAGACCAUCCCGCAGCUCUCCCCCCGCACCACGACGCGGGGGUCGGAGGAGUGGGGACCCGUCUCGCUCAUCUCUACCAUCUCGCCAACCGCGGCCUCCUCCCUGGGCGCCGGAUCCCUGGCCGUGGUGUCCCUGGGCACAGGACCUCACGGCAUCGGUUCUGCUGGCGUCGAGUCUCUGGCCGCCGGAUGCCUCGAUGCCGCGUCCCUGGGCGCUAGGUCCCCCGCCGCGCCGUCCAGAGAAGCCUCCCAGACGGAAAGGAGGACCAGCGAGUACGAGCGCACGCUGCCGGCGGGGCUGGACCCGGGCGAGGCCGACAGCGACAGCGACGACGACAUCGAGGGGCCGCCAGGCAGCCCCCCCGCCGCGGCGGAGGUGCCGCUGGCAGGCCUGCCCGUGGUCCGCGUCCUGCGCGCCGAGCGACUGUGGAGCGGGGGCGGGGAGGCCUCCUUCCUCACCCGCAUCCUGGCGGACCGCACCGAGCACCUGUCCGUCGGCCGCACCUUCCUGGGCCGCUGGCUGGUGACCCCGGGCAGCAGCGUCACCGAGACCUGCCUCACCAGGUUUGGGGAGGACUGCGAGACCGGCGAGCCUGUGGCCUUCAAAUUCUUCGCCAGGGACGGCGACGAGGAGGACCUUCCCCCCCUCGGUGCGGGCGCGCUGGCGCACCUGCACGCGCGGGGCGGGGUGUACGGCACGCUCCACCCGCGCGACCUGGGCUUCUUUGGGCGCCAGGGGCGCUGGAAGCUGGCCGGCAACACGGGGUGGGCGUCCGCGGGGGGCCGCGCCGAGGUCGCCGCGCCGUUGCGCUACGCCGCGCCCGAGCUGGCCGUGGCGGACGCAGGCGGCGAGGCCGCCGUCGCCGCAGACCCCGCGCUGGACGCCUGGGCGCUGGGCGCGGUGCUGUUCGAGGCGCUGGCGGGGCGGCCCCUCCUUUGCUGA